AAAAAUAAAUUUGAUGACGUUAAUCAUUGUGUCAGUAUUUUUUUAAAAAUCAUUUUAAUCAUGCUAAAAUAAUAACAAUGAAAUCAAGAUAUGAAAAGUGGGGGAAUAAAUGUCGUUCAUAUAGAAACAUAAUUUGACAUUAACAAAGUUUAUAAAUAAAUUAAUUAUCAUCUAAAAUGUGGUCAAUAUUUUCAAGAGAUCCAGCAAGAGAUUUUCCAUUUGAAAUAAUAAAUGACGUUGAUGAAUUUAAAGGUACCACUUUUUGGAAACUUUGUAAAGGAAAAAAAAAGGGUACUGGUGAGGAAGUGUCAAUUUUUGUUCAUGACACAUCACACGGUCAGGCACAAUUUGAAACUGCUAAAAAUUCAUUAAAAAGAUUAAAAACACUUAGACAUCCAAGUAUCCUAACAUAUGUUGACAGUGUUGAGACUGAUAAAAUUAUUUAUUUAGCAACUGAAAAAGUUGAACCACUGUCUGUACGUCUUAAUAAAAAAACUGACUUUGCUGAAGGUUCAAAAAAAGAAUUAUAUUUUUCCUGGGGAAUAUUCCAAAUAACAAGAGCAUUAAGUUUUUUAAACAAUGAUGGUAAUUUACGUCAUAAUAGUGUUAAUAUACAUUCAGUAUUUGUCAAUGAAGAGAGUGGUGAAUGGAAAUUGGGUUUUGUUGAUUACAUGACAACAAUUGAUGCACCUUACAGUACUCUACGACAUGAUAUGCAACGUUAUUGUCCACCAGAAGCUCAUGGAAAUGUAAAACCAGCAACAAAAUGUUCAAUUGACAUGUGGGGUCUUGGUUGUCUUAUCUGGGAAACAUUUAAUAAAAAAUCUCUUGAACAACAAUCGAAUUUAAAAACAACUGAUCAGAUACCAAAACAAUUAUUACAAGUUUACAAAGAAUUAACAUCAAUAAAACCAGAAAAUCGUCCAAAUCCAGCAGAUGUUAUUGCACGUUGUCGUAGUAAUGGUGGAUUUUUUAAAACAAAUUUAGUUGAUGCAUUAUUAUUUCUUGAAGAAAUACAAAUGAAAGAAAAAAAUGAAAAAUCAAAAUUUUUUUCACAACUAGCUGGUCAACUUGAUAGUUUUCCAGAUGGUGUUGGUAGAUUUAAAAUAUUACCACAAUUAUUAGCUGCAUUUGAAUUUGGUGAUGCUGGAUGUGCUGUAUUACCACCACUAUUACAACUUGGUAAUAAAUUACCAGAUGUUGAUUAUCAAAAACGUGUUGUACCAUGUGUUGUUAAAUUAUUUGCAUCAAAUGACAGAGCAACUAGAUUAAGAUUACUUCAACAACUUGAUAGAUUUGUUAAUCAUUUACAACCAGGAACUGUUAAUGAUGCUAUUUUUCCUCAAGUUGCAAGAGGUUUUUUAGAUACAAAUCCAGCAGUUAGAGAACAAACAAUUAAAUCAAUUGUUAAUUUAGCACCAAAGUUAGAUUAUAAUAAUCUUAAUGUUGAAACAUUACGUUAUUUUGCAAAAUUACAAUCAACUGAUGAACAAGGUGGUAUAAGAACAAAUACAACCGUUUGUCUUGGUAAAAUUGCUCAACAUCUUCAUCCUCAAAUACGUCAAAAGGUACUUACUGGUGCAUUUAUAAGAGGUACAAGAGAUCCAUUUCCACCAGCUCGAAGUGCAAGUGUAUCAGCACUUGCAAUAACACAACAAUAUUAUUUACUUCAAGAAGUAUCAAAUCGUAUACUUCCAUCAUUGUGUCCAUUAACAACUGAUCCAGAUAAAACAGUUAGAGAUAAUGCAUUUCGUACAAUACGUGGUUUUCUAUCAAAAUUAGAAAGAGUUUCUGAAGAUCCUGGUCUUCGUGAAACAAUGGAGGCUGAUGUCAAUACAGCAACACCAAGUUUAAGCAAUGCUGCAGCAACAUGGGCUGGUUGGGCUGUUACAACAAUGACUGCUAAAUUUUAUAGAAGUCAAUCAGAUACACCAAAAACAUCAAAUCCAGAUGGUGGUAGAAUAUUACUCAACAAACCAGCAUCACUAGAACAAGCAAGUAGUUCACAAAGCAGUGCAAGCACAACAGCAACAACAAGUAGUGCAACUAGUAUGGCAUCAUUGGAUCAUGAUCAUGAACAUGAUUCACAAAAUGCUAGUAAUGCACAUUCAGAAUGUGAUUGGGACUGGGAAGCUGAUAAUUGGGGUGACAUGGAUCAACAAACAACAUCAAUAUUAGUGCCCAUUGUUCAACCAUUACCAACAGUAGCACCAAAAUCAAAUGAUCAUUGGACAAGUCUAGAAGAAGAACCAGAAGAAGAAACUACUGACAAAAAUGAUGCUUCAGAAUCAGGAUGGGAUGAUCAAGACUUCCAAGUUUUUGAUAACUAUCGACCAACAAAUAAUUCAGAUAUAAAUAAAUUCGAAGACGCCAAAAAAAAACGUGAAGAGAAAAAAUUAGCAAGACAAAUUCAAAUGGAAGCUAAAAGAGCUUCAAAAUUGAAAAUAAAUAUACCAGCUAAAAAAAUAUAAUUUAAAUAAAUUUUAACGUAAUUUUUUUUUUUUUUUUUAUUAACUUAAUCAGUAAUUUAACUGUAUUAUAAAACUAUAAAUCUUAUAAUAAUAUUAUUAAUAAUAAUAAAAAUACAAUUUACAUGUA